AUGACAAUAGGGAAGCGCCAAGGGCCCGCCGACGCAACGCACUGGAAGGGGGGGUGGGAUGAAUGCCUAACAAGUGCUCCUUGAGCGGAGAGGAUCCCGUGGAGGAGGCUCUGCGGGUGUGCGUGCCUGUGUGACACACGCUCGCCUGUGCGGAGCCCCCGCUACCACCGCCGCGCGCUCCAGGCCCCAAGCGGCGCGGGGGAUGAGGAGGUUUGGGGGCGGACGGCGAGGGAGGAGCUGGAAGGGGAACGGAAGGAAGAAGCAGCGGCGGCGGCAGCAGCUGCAGCCUAUUUGCUGUGUCCGUGGCGCUCGCCUGGCUGCAUCCGCUCCAGGCAGCCUUUCUCGGCCGCCGUGCGCGCGAGGAGCGGCGGAGGAGGGGGGCGGCCGAGGGAGAGGACCUGGGCGCUGACGUCACGCGGAGCUGUCCCUCAGCACCGGGCCGAGCCGGGCGGGCUCUGGCGGGCCGGUUCGAGGCCGGGCCGCGCAGAUGGAAGCAAUGCCAUGAGACAGCAUCCCCCGCAGGUGACGGGGAGGGAGUGGGGAGCCUGACAUUGCCCCAGGAGACCCUGAAGAGCCAUGACGUCAACGGUACAGACCCUGCGUUUCCCGCUGCUGCCGCACGUGCCAAACCAAGACCGGACAUACAGCUGUGAGGAGGAGAUUGAGCGGCGCUACCAAGUGGUACCCUCGGUGGUCUGCGCCAUGUGCUGCCUCUUUGGGAUCAUCUACUGCUUCUUUGGGUACCGAUGCUUCAAGGCGGUGAUGUUCCUGACAGGACUGAUGUUUGGCUCCGUGAUCAUCUUCAUGCUGUGCUACAAAGAGCGGGUGCUGGACACCCAGCUGAGCGUUGAGGCCUCUGUGGGCAUCGGGCUGGGCAUCGGGCUGCUCUGUGGGCUGGUGACCAUGCUUGUGCGCAGCGUUGGGCUCUUCAUGGUCGGGCUGCUGCUGGGGCUGCUGCUGGCGGUGGCAGCGCUGGUGGUGAUGGAGCAGUUCUACCACCCGCCUACCGUCUGGAUCCCCAUCGGUUUGCUGCUCGGCAUGGGCAUGCUGUGUGCGGUGCUCACCUUGCAGUGGCAGCGCCUCUUCACCACGCUCUCCACCGCUGUCUUCGGCAGUGCCGUCAUGACCGCCACCGCCGACUACUUUGUCGAGCUCUUCCUGCUGCUGCAGUACGUCUACGAGCGCGUCAAGGUAGCUCCCGCCCGGCCCAUCUGCUGGUACAGCUGGGUCAUCUUGGGCACUUGGCCAGUCCUGGCACUGUUGGGCGUCCUGGUGCAGUGGAAAGUCACGGCAGAGGGAUAUUCCCACACGGAAGUGAUUAUCAGUCGGCAGCAGCGCCGUGUUCAGCUGAUGCGGAUCAAGCAACGAGAAGAGCGCAAGGAGAAGAAGAAGAAGAGGCGGCCACACCCCCAUCCCCAUGUGCAACACAAGGCCCACCCACCGGAGCCUGCCUACCGUCGCAAGCCUAAUCCUGUGCGCCGAUUUGAUGGGGAUGUGCUCUCCCCAAGCUACAUACAGAGCUUCCGGGAGCGGCAGACGGGAUCCUCUCUCAACAGCCUCCUGGCCAACGCUCAUGCCGCCAUUGACAUUGACUAUGACUGUGGCUCCACCGUGCCCCUGACAACGGGCUCUGGCCCUGCAAUGCGGGUAUAGUGCAGCACCUCCCGCCAGGUCACAAGGACGCUGCCCUCGCAUGGUCACACAGGUCAGGCCGUGUGGGCUUAGCCUAGCGCCUGUGUUCCCGUGAGGACUUGCAGAUACUCUUUGCUGGCAUUCGUAGACCUGGCCUGGACAUGCAGUUGUAGCCCAGUUUCUCUCACACUGCAAGGAUAUGCGGAAUUCUCCCCAGUGCAACUCUGGCUCCAGCUAAGCUGCCCUGCAACAAGGGGCAAGGAAAGCGUACAUGAGCAGGUGCUUGGGGCAAAGGGCUGAAGAGAGACCUGGUUGCUAACCCACCCGAGCCAGGACUGCGGAAUGCAGUGAAGGGUGGAAAGGAAAGAGCCAAUCGCCUGCAUGAAAAUGACAAGGAACUGUCAACAUUCCCCACCCACCACUGUUGGAGUGACUCAUAGAUGGAGGGGCCAACGGGAUGUUCCUGUGCUGUUGUCUUGCCACACGAUGGACCCACUCCUUGUCCUGGAGCUUUGUCUUUGCCUGAACUGACCCCCGCAAGGACUAUUUCAGGGCACAAGUGGUAGGAUUUGACUCAGUUCACUCUAGUCUGGCUGGGGCAGCCAGCUCAGGGAAAUGGGGUCCUCUGGGCCCCGGGCCCCUUGCCCAUACCAGUGCCUGGCAUACUGUUUGAAUGGGCAACUCAAGGAGGGAAGGGAGGAGGGAGGGGUGGGCAUCUGGGCCACCUGGGCUGGGCUGUCUAACUGUUGAAGUGUGCAAGUGUGAGUGUGUGAGCGUGUGUGAGGUGGAGCUGGAGCAAGUAUGGAGUAUUCGGCUGGUAUCCAGGCAAUGAGCCUUUUCGAUACCCCCCUCCUACUUCCCCUUCCCCCUGUUCCUCAUUUUGGAGUGAGGGUCAGGGUAGUCAGGGGACUGGGACUGGGGGGAACAUCCAUGUACAUAUUCUUGUCGCAGUUAUUUGUAUUAAUUUAUUAUUGACAAAGAGUUGGGCCUGAAGAGCUCUGCUGGACCCGGGGUUGGGGGGCAGGGUCCUGCAGUCUUCGUAUCUUUCCCUUCAGGCCCAUGCCUGGGGAUGGCUGUCACCCUUUUUUACCCUACCUAGCCUCAAAGAACUGGGGUGGGAGUGUCCCCCUGCACAGGACCCUGUCAAAGUGUGGUGGCCCCCACAUUUGGAGCUUGUCUCCUUGUUAUCUAUCGUGUGGGAGGUGGGUCUGUGAGUCUCUCAGUGUUUCCAUCUUUAAGGGGACAGGAGCAGGGAGGAUUCACCAUCUGUUUCAGGAUGGGGGCAAGGGAGGGUCCAGCACAGCUCAGAAAAGCCUCUCCUUCAUGGAGAAACUGCAUGUUUCUGUCACCAAUCGCCACUGUUGUCACCACAGAAACCUUGCACUCUCGUUUUUCUUUGUUUUGUCCUCUCUUUCUCUUUGUAUAUGUGCCAAACGCUGCCGGGCUGCGGCUGCGCAAGUAAAAAAAAAAAAAGCCUUUCA